AUGUCUGGCCAAGUCAUGAAUCCAACAGCCGUGAAGAGCUAUCCUCGAAUGCUCAUAAGAUCCCACAGCGAUGGUGAUACAUUAAUCCCCGAGAUCUACCCAGCAUUCGCAUCCGACAAUGCGGUAGGAGCUCCUCAGACGCUGCUACAUCUCACAGCUCGCAUCGGACUCCCGCUAUUUUUUUAUUGCUUUCGGGACCACAUCUCCUUCCGCCCCACACCCCCUGCCAAUCUCGUUUCAACUGAUAUCUCCGAGAACCCAAUCAUACACCACCUUUCCCCGAAAAAGACGCUACGGCCAGGUAUCUAUUCACGCAGAACGCAAGGUGAGGGAGCAGCGCCGCCAAACAUCAUGCUCACCCGAGCUGAUGGAAAAGACCUGACGGCAGACCACGUCUACGGACUGUGGUGUUUUGUUGAACAUUCUCUUGGCAAAAUAAAGAGAGAGAUGCCUGACAUCUCGGAAGUCCAUCAAAAUGAGCUCUUCUUUUCCCAGAUGACGCCCGAGAACUUCGUCCAGUUCUGGCCGAAGUACAAUUUGAGAGAGGAGGAAUGCCCUGUGAAGCUAGGCUGCAGGACGUGUGGGAAGACGGAGGGAAUUACUCUGUCACGGUGCGGGAAGUGUGGAGUAGCAAAGUACUGUGAUCAAGAGUGCCAGAAAGGCGAUUGGGGACUCCACAAGAAGGUGUGCAAGCUUUAUUGUCGGGACUGA